CGAGCAAGCAGAGGAAAAGGGAAGUUGCCCAGUAUCUAAGGCUUCGGAGGGCAUUGGGCUGCCACUGGAACCCACGAGGGGUUGAGAAUGUUUAUCAGUCCAGACAAGCCCCGGCUGGACGUGGUCUCGCUUCGGGACAAUGUCUUCACUUUUGCAGCGGCAGACUUUGCACCGUGGCUCCUCCAACUGAAUCAGAUCAACACGGCACUGUUCCUCCACCAACAGAGGCUCCACGACAUGUCUCUCAACCAGCUGUCCCCGAAGACCGGGUGGGCCCAGACCGGGCCCAAGCCAGGCGUCCCGCAACAUGACCUCCCGGCGUAUGGGAGCGCGUAUUUUGCCGAGACCCUGAACACAGGGGAGAGCAUGUCUCUCACGACCGGAGCAGGACAUUCGCUGACAGGCAAUCGCACCUCGCGGUCCACCAUCCUGUCCGUUUCGCGCUAUCCCACUUGCACGGAACCGAGAAAUGUCUCUCAUCUUUCCCAUGCAAGCGUCACGUCAGCGUCUGAGCUCCUGGAUUCGUCUUACUGGCAGAUGGUUCCCCAUGGGGCUUCCACUCUUCCUCCGUUUGCACAUGGCGGAGACCCCAUGUGGGACCACCCACACUCGUGCAUGAACUCUUCGAGCUUUGGGUAUGGCCAUUACAACCUGGAUGUCGCCAGCGCGUUCUCGCAAACGGCAUUCCGGCCCGCCGAGGCACUUCACACCUUGUCGCUGCCACCAAUGCUCGACUCCCUCUCGAGCACCAACUCCAAGUUGUAUGCCCCGUCCGGCAUGCUGGAGGCCAUGAUGCUCGAUGACGACCCCGACCACUCUCUCUGGCACGGCUUGCCGGGACCUCAUUAUGGGUACCAGAGCCCACAGUGCACAAAGACGGAGCCAGAGUCCAUCAACGAGAAGACGGUGUCUCCGAAACUGCUCAAGAUCCGCCAGACACCCACCCCGGCCUCGUCCUGCGAGUCCCUGCACACCAACUUUCUGUCCGACGCUCACCUUCACGAGCCGCCCGAUGUCAUUGACCCUAUGCCCUCUGUGGAGCCACCGCUGCCGCCCAUCACCCCAAAGCCCCGCAAGCAGCUCCCAGACGGGAGCCAGCGACGGCUCCGGUUUGCCGACGACGUGCACAGGCGCCACUCUCCAGUGCAUUCCGACUCCGCGUCCCCUGUCCCUCAAAGGGUAACUCGUCGGCUGCGGCCCAAGACCAAGCAGAUGGGGACGGAGGGCUUCUCGCCACCGCCCACGCUAGGGGAGCUUCAGCUGGCCAGGUUCCCGGACCGCACGUCCCAGGACGACUUCCUCGUCAAGCACAAGCAGCGGGGCCUGACAUACAAGGAGAUCCGGCGGUUGGGCGGCUUCGUCGAGGCCGAGUCGACGCUGCGCGGGCGGUACCGCACGCUGACCAAGAGCCGCGAGGCGCGGGUGCGCAAGCCCGAGUGGUCCGAGAAGGAUCUCCGCCUCCUCGAAGCCGCAGUCCGCGCCCUCUCGCACACCGCCGACCCCAUCUCGGCCAAGGUGCCCUGGAAGAAGGUGGCCGACCACAUCCUGCUGCACGGCGGGUCGUACCACUUUGGCAACUCGACGUGCCGCAAGCGGUGGGACGAGCUGGUGCGCGAGCAGGCGAUGCAGGGCCGGGGGGUGCGCGGGCCGUUCUUCUUUGGGGAUGAGGAGGGGUAUUGA